GCGGCAUGUGAAAAGAAUCCUGGCUUUUCAUUUUUUUCUAUGGCUGCUCAUGGAUGGUUUGGCUUAUUUUUCUUCUAGGAUGUGGAGAAAGAGAAGGAAACCCACAAUUACCUCAGCAAAGAGGAAAUCAAAGAGAAAGUUCAUAAAUACAACUUAGCAGUCACAGACAAGCUGAAGAUGACCUUGAAUUCAAAUGGGAUUUACACUGGCUUCAUUAAAGUACAGAUGGAACUCUGCAAACCUUCACAGACAGCUGGAAAGCCCGCUCCCAGUAGCAAUGGCUGUAUGAACACCCUUCACAUCAGCAGCACGAACACCGUUGGCGAAGUGAUUGAGGCCCUGCUUAAGAAGUUUCUUGUGACCGAGAGCCCUACCAAGUUUGCACUUUAUAAGCGGUGUCACCGGGAAGAUCAAGUCUACGCCUGCAAGCUCUCGGACCGGGAACAUCCACUCUACCUGCGUCUGGUAGCAGGUCCCAAAACAGACACACUCAGUUUUGUUCUUCGCGAACAUGAAAUUGGAGAGUGGGAAGCCUUCAGCCUGCCGGAGCUACAGAAUUUCUUGAGGAUCUUGGACAAGGAAGAAGACGAGCAGCUACAGAACCUGAAGGAGCGCUAUGCGGCCUACAGACACAAGCUGGAAGAAGCCCUCAGCCAGGCGUGGAAACCGGGGUAAAGUGGGGGCUCCCUGCCCCCCAGGGACGGCACGGGACCUGCGUGUGCGCCGGCGGCCAGGGUCUCUCUUGUCGGAGGGCGGUUUUCUUGCCCUAUGAUGCUAGGGCCUUUCCUUUUUACAAAUCUCUAGAUCUAGUUCCCCCAAACUGGUCACACAGCAUGCUGCAGCUUGGGCGUCCUCUGUCAGGGAUUCCGGAAGCUUGUUCUGUUAACGGCACCACGGUGUUACCUCUUGGCAAGCUGUGAACCUGUGGUCUCAUCUGGAGCAUUCUAGAGUGCUUUGAAGCAUGGACUUUGAGUUGUGUUUUUUUCCUUAUUUUCUUUUAGUUGAGUAUAUGAUGAUGUUAAGCUUAAGGUUGUGCAAAUGAUUUUUUAAAAGCUUAACAAAGACUAUUUCUGAAUACUUGUCUUACCUUGAAACUACCUGUCUGUUACUGGGGUUUUUUUGUUUUGUUUUUAAUGUCGGAGGAAACAAUUCAUGUGAAUUGAAGGGCACAGGAAGCUAGGGGCGCUGAGGAGUUGGUGAAGGAUUUUGGAGGAGUCUGACAGAGAGGAAAGAGGAGGGAUGGAAGAAGUUGGAGGGUGGAGGUGGGGAGCCUUGAGGGAAGGUGGUUUGGGUAAGUGGAUGGUGGAGAAGGAGGUGAACUUGCUUGUUGAGGGGUUAAAAGCUUUCAGUUUAGAGACAUUAAAUCCAUUGUCAUAGUGCUUGAUUUCCUGGUGAGUAAAACGUGGGAACGGAAACCAAAGAAAGUAGGAGCUGG